AUGAGGGUCUGGCAGUUUGUAAAACAAAGUAUAGCACAAGGGAAUGUCAUUGAUGUCAGAAGAAAAAAAUUGGGGAAAACAGGACCCAAACCCAGAAUUAUUACUAAUGAGUACUUGCAAUCAGUGCCUCUAUACAAAAGGACAACAGAGAGGAGUUAUGCAGCUGAUCUGAAAGUAUCACAUGGAUACCUCCAUAGCUUGAAGAAAAAGGGAAGAUUAAGAACACAUACAAGCGCCAACCAUCCAGCACUCACAUCAAAUCACAAAGUAGCAAGACUCAAGUUGGCAUUAGCCCAUAUUCACCCUAUCCCAGCAGUUGGAGAUCCAACUUUCAUUGAUAUGCAACAGGUUAUACAUAUAGAUGAAAAAUGGUUCUAUAUGAACCCAGAAACAAGGAGGUUCUACCUCUUACCAAAGGAAGAAAACCUAUACAAAUGUCAACAGUCCAAGAGAUACAAGAUUAAGGCUAUGUUCAUGGGGAUGAUUGGUAAUCCCUUUUAUGACUUAAGUGGCAAUAUGCUACAUGAUGGUAAGUAUGGAAUUUUUCCAUUCACCUACCAGCAAAGGGCAAAAAAGAAAAGCAAGAACAAAGAUGCAGGGGUCAUGGAGACAAAGGCUGUGCAAAAUGUGACCAAAGAAGAAAUCAGGAAAAUGCUCAUGAACAACAUCAUUCCAACACUACACAGGAAAUGGCAUCCCAGUCUGUCUAAGGACAUAUACAUUCAAUGGGACAAUGCUAAGCCACAUCAAAUUCCAAGGGAUGAUGACUUCAUUGCAGCAUGCACAGCACAUGGAUUCAACAUCCAAAUGGUAUUCCAGCCAGCACAAUCUCCAGAUCUGAAUGUACUGGAUCUUGGUUUGUUCAAGGUCAUUCAAUCCUUGCAAUACCAGUCAUUUCCCACUAAAAUUGAUGAGUUAAUAGAGAAAGUCUAUGAGGCUUAUGAAUGGUUUGAUCCAGUACUGAACAAGUACUCAUGGAUCACUUUGCAAGGUGUAAUGAAAAAGAUCCUAGAGAAAGAAGGGGGGAAUAACUUCAAUCCACCUCACAUGGGCAAGAAAAGGUUGGACAGCCUAGGUCUUCUGCCAGAGCUUUUGGAAGUUGAAAGGGGACUCAUUCAACAAGCAGUUGAACACCUCAACACUCUUUUUAUUCCAACUAAUCAACAGAAUGCAGACUACAUGGAGACAGAGGUUGAUGUAGACUAG